AUGUCUGGAAAUUUCACGGAAACAGGUACAGGUGGAGAUGUGUUUAAAGUCGACUUGAAUGAACAAUUUGACCGUGCCGAUAUGGUAUGGAUUGGUACUGCAAGUGUUUUGGUAUGGAUCAUGAUUCCUGGUGUGGGACUCUUGUAUUCAGGGAUCUCGCGUAAGAAGCAUGCAUUGUCGUUGAUGUGGGCUGCGUUGAUGGCUGCGUGUGUGGCAGCCUUCCAGUGGUUCUGGUGGGGGUACUCGUUGGUGUUUGCCCACAAUGGUUCUGUGUUUUUGGGAACCUUGCAAAACUUUUGUCUCAAGGAUGUUUUAGGGGCACCCAGUAUUGUCAAAACGGUUCCUGAUAUUUUGUUCUGUUUAUACCAAGGGAUGUUUGCUGCUGUCACUGCUAUUUUAAUGGCUGGUGCCGGGUGCGAGCGUGCACGAUUAGGACCGAUGAUGGUGUUUUUGUUUAUCUGGUUGACUAUUGUGUACUGUCCUAUUGCCUAUUGGACAUGGGGCGGAAAUGGUUGGUUGGUCAACUUGGGAGCAUUGGAUUUCGCUGGUGGCGGUCCAGUUCACGAAAACUCUGGUUUUGCUGCUUUGGCAUACUCGCUCUGGUUGGGUAAGAGACAUGACCCUGUUGCCAAAGGCAAAGUUCCAAAAUACAAGCCACAUUCAGUUUCCUCCAUUGUUAUGGGCACGAUCUUUCUCUGGUUUGGCUGGUACGGUUUCAAUGGUGGGUCUACAGGUAACUCUUCCAUGCGUUCGUGGUACGCCUGUGUCAACACCAACCUUGCUGCUGCAACCGGGGGGUUGACUUGGAUGUUUGUUGAUUGGUUUAGAACUGGCGGCAAAUGGUCGACUGUUGGCUUGUGCAUGGGCGCAAUUGCUGGUCUCGUUGGAAUCACUCCUGCUGCUGGCUACGUUCCUGUUUACACGUCGAUAAUUUUCGGCAUUGUUCCAGCCAUUAUCUGUAACUUUGCUGUUGACAUAAAGGACUUGUUGCAGAUUGACGACGGUAUGGACGUGUGGGCGCUCCAUGGUGUUGGUGGAUUUGUUGGUAACUUUAUGACGGGAUUAUUUGCUGCAGACUAUGUUGCCAUGAUUGACGGAACUGAGAUUGACGGUGGGUGGAUAAACCACCACUGGAAACAAUUGGGGUACCAGUUGGCAGGAAGUUGUGCUGUAGCUGCGUGGUCGUUCACUGUUACAUCGAUCAUUUUGCUUGCUAUGGACAGAAUCCCAUUUCUCAGAAUCCGUCUCCACGAAGACGAGGAAAUGUUGGGUACCGACUUGGCACAAAUUGGGGAAUAUGCCUAUUAUGCUGAUGAAGAUCCUGAGACCAACCCAUAUGUAUUGGAACCUAUCCGCUCUACCAAUAUAAGCCAACCGUUACCCCAUAUUGACGGUGUUGCUGAUGGGUCUAGCAAUAAUGAGUCGGGAGAAGCUAAAAAUUAG